GAGCCUGGCGGUGCUGCGCUGAAGUCUGACCGCUCCGCUCCCAGCUCCUCCGCUCCCGCAGCCCGCGCCGACCGCCGCUCCCCGUGCCCGCGCCGAGCAGCAGACCUGGCUGAGCCGCGGACCCCCGCCGUGGGCGCCAUGCAGCCGCCGCGCCCCGUGCUCUUGGCCGCCGCGCUGGCCGCUCUGGGGCUGCUCCUCGGGCUGCCCGCGGCGCAGGCUGGUGCCGGAGCGGCGGGCGCGGGCCCCGUCGUGAGCUGCGAACCCUGCGACGCACGCGCUCAGGCCCAGUGCGCGCCCCCGCCCGCCGGCUGCGCCGAGCUGGUGCGCGAGCCGGGCUGCGGCUGCUGCCUCACGUGCGCGCUGCGCGAGGGCCAGCCGUGCGGCGUCUACAGCGAGCGCUGCGGCUCCGGCCUCCGCUGCCAGCCGCCGCCCGGCGAGGCGCGCCCGCUGCAGGCGCUGCUGGAGGGCCGCGGGUUCUGUGCCAACGCCAACGCCGCCGGCCGCCCGCACCCCCAGGCCCCGCCCGCGCCAGGAGACGGCAGUGAGUCGGAGGAAGAGCUCAGCGCUGUGACCGCGGGGAGCCCGGCGCUGACCCACUGGGCCCCCGACUCCAGGUUCCACCUCGGCCACACCAAGAUGGACGCAAUCAGGAGAGGGAGCGCCAAGGACAGCCAGCGCCACAGGGUCCACCUCGAGGCCCAGGGCGCGGUCACCCAGAACUUCUCCUCCGAGAGCAGGCAGGACACGGAACACGGGCCCUGCCGCCGGGAGAUGGAGGACAUGCUGAACCGACUCAAGUCCCUGAGCACGCUGAGCCCCCGGGGCAUCCAGCUCCCCAACUGUGACAAGAAGGGCUUCUAUAAGAAGAAGCAGUGCCGCCCGGCCAAGGGCAGGAAGCGCGGCUUGUGCUGGUGUGUGGACAAGUACGGGCAGCCCCUCCCCGGGCACGACCCGCCGGGCAAACCGGACGUGCACUGUGACAGCGUGGAGAGCCAGUGACCUGGCGGUUCAGAGGGACUCAGGCCCCGGUUUCGCACCAAAGACUGCCAAGGCGGUGAUCAGCGUUGGCUGCAGCCUCGAUUAUAUAUCUUUCUCUGGUGAAUCCAUUUCUUUCUUAAAUCCACGUGUAGGAAGAGACCUCUGAAAUGCCUGGGUUUCUAAGCAGUGCGCUCGAGCGGCUUCCCACGCCCCAGCAGCCAGGGAGACCCUGUGAUUUUUCUCGUCACUUCUUUCGAACCUCCUUCCGAACUCAAGCACAGGCCGGGCCUCAGGCCACCCUGGGGACCUCACACCCUAGCACCCCUGCCACGUGGGCCUCCCGGGAACGCCAACCUCUGCCCUGGGGUGUCUGGACACACCCGCCUGGAGCCGAGGCCCGAGCCCCUCCACCCAGUAGCGAGCUCCUGCCCUCAGGUGACCCGUCCUGCUUGGGGACGAGUGGAGACCAUGAGGUGGAGUCUUGCUUUUAUUUUUUUUUUUUUUUAAUGACCAAGAAGGUGCUCAGACCCUGGGCAUCUGGAGAAGUGGGUGGCUCAGGCAGGCUCCCAGGGACACGGCCUUUGCUGUGGCCCCACAGGGCGGGGACGGGGGGGGAGUGAGGAGGGGACAAGGCCACACCUUUGUCUUCAGAGGCCCCCCCAACAGCGGCACGAUGCACGGAUGGCGGCAGAAAAGGGUGUUCUCCACUCACAGCUCCAAGACCGAGGUAGUUUUUGAGGCUACGUCCUCAGAGGCAAAGGAGGUUCUGUUCAUCCCUCGCCAUGUGUCCUCUUUGUCGCCGUAACACACGUGAGUGGCCCUGAAUCUAACCAGAGGGGCCUGGGGAUCCCAGAAUCGCGCCCUCCUUCUGACUCACGUAUUCACAGAGAAAUGCCUUCGUGAACUGUCACCGUUGCCUGCAUCGUGGCCCAAAUGUAAUGGGACCUGAGCGCAUAGUCUUAGAUGCCCCGUCGGCCACGGCCACGGCCGCGCGCUGCCCCGGAGGAGGCCCUGUGGCCACACACCGCCCUCGGCCGGACCAGAGGUUCCCCAGACACUGCCUACCUAUUCGCUUUCCUUUAUUUUUUUAAUCAAGUUUUCAGAAAAAAAAAAAAAAAAAGUCCUUUUGAGAAAUCUGUCUCACCA